CAGAGAACACGUGCAAGGACUAUAUGCAAACCAUCUUUUAAAACAGUUUACAAUCUUUCUCUCUCUCAUCUUCUCCGACCACACACACACACAACAUAGAGAUCCCAUAUCCAGAAGAAACUUCCUCAUAACUCAGAUCUACUCUCUCUCAACAACAUACACAAGCAACUAGUAAAGAAACAGAGAUGCAUGUUUAUACUGAAAGUCCAACACAAGGAACAGAGAGACCUCUUAACGACAACAACUACUCUGUACACAACAAGACAGCAAACACUCUCUCUCUCUACAAAACCAUCACUCCUUCUCUCUACUCUAAUUCAAGAGAGAGAGAGAAAGACAUGGAUGGGUACGAAGCAACUAGGAUUGUGCUCUCUAGGAUCCAAGCUUUAGACCCAGAAAACGCAUCAAAGAUCAUGGGUCUCCUCCUUCUCCAAGACCACGGCGAGAAAGAGAUGAUAAGGCUAGCUUUCGGUCCAGAGACUCUUGUUCACUCUGUAAUAGUAAAAACCAAGAAAGAGUUAGGUCUCAUGACAAGGUCUCCUUGGAGGAGUCAAGAGGAGUUAAUUAGCCCUAAAAACAACAACAACCGUGGUGGCUCUUCUCUCAACCCUGCUUCUCUGCCCUUCUACGCUAACGGAGGAAGAUCUUUGGCCAACGAGUUCGAGUGUAUAGACGAUGUGAACUCAAGAGCGAAGAACCUUUUGGACUCUGUGCAUGCCCGAAGUGGUGGAUGCGUGUUGGACGGUUUAGGGUUUGGUGAUUCUGAUUUAGGGUUUGGAGGUGUACCAUGUUCUUACUUCGCUAGAGGCUUCUGCAAAAACGGAAGUAGCUGCAGAUUCAUCCACGGUGAUGAAGGAGCCGAGAUGGUUAGCUCUCCAAGGAGAUUCGAGCUUCUUAGGUCUAACUCUGUACCUCCAAGACUUGCUCACCACUUCAUCACUCGCUCUUCUUUCGUGAUAGGAGAUGAGUCACAGAAUCUUGGAAGAUGGAGGUCUGAGAGGAUUGAUCUCUCUGCUAUGUCGUCUCCAGCUUCCAGACAGAUCUAUCUGACAUUCCCUGCCGACAGUAUGUUCAGGGAGGAAGAUGUGUCUAAUUAUUUCAGUAAUUUUGGACCAGUUCAAGAUGUGAGGAUACCAUAUCAGCAGAAGAGGAUGUUUGGGUUUGUGACAUUUGUGUACCCUGAGACUGUCAAGAGCAUUCUUGCUAAAGGGAAUCCUCACUUUGUGUGUGACUCAAGGGUUCUUGUUAAGCCUUACAAGGAGAAAGGCAAAGUCCCUGACAAAUACAGAACUGACCAAACACCAGAGCGGAAGCUGUCCCCGACGGGUCUUGAUUCUAGCCCCAGGGAUGCUAUAGGAUGGAGAGGGUUUUACAACAAGGAACAAGAUGUUUUGUGGAGGAGCAAGUUUGAAGAAGAGAUUCUUGAGCUUCAGCUUAGAAGGCUAAUGAAUCUGCAGCUUCUUGACGUCAAGAAGCAUUUCCAACUCAAUUCCCCUACUACUACUACACACAUUCAUUCCCCAAAUCCUUUUAGCCAGACACUUGCAUCUCCACGUCCAUCGCCUGUGAAAGGAAGUUCAAAAGAAGGAUAUGAUGAUGACGCAAUGAACCUACCAGAGAGGCUGAAGGAUAGCUUGCCUGAUAGUCCAUUUGCGUCGCCCUUACUUCUGUCUGCAGACAACAACGGAUCAGAUUUGUGGUCACCUUCUUCUGAUAAUGACGAUAACUCUACUCCUUCUACACUCUCUGACUCCUCCAAUUCUUUCAGCUGCCAAAUGCCUAGGUUGCUGCAAGUUGAGAUGUUAUCCGGUAGGGGUGGACCGACCUGCCGUGUUGGGAUAUAAGCAGGAAGAGAGGUGAGUAAGUAAGAAAACAGAGGAAGUUAAAGAAACUAAUAAUAUUGAGACUCAUAGCAACCAAAAGAUGCAGAGAUGUAAAAAAUGAAGCUGUAUAAUUUGAUGUAAGAGAUAGAGAAGAGAGAAAAGAUUGUUGUACCAUUUCUCCAGCUUUAAUGUGUAACGUGAUGGACCACACAAGAUGAUGUAAUAUGAUAUGAUAUAAAUAUAUAAAACAAGAACUAGUGUAGUCUCUAAA